AUGCAAGCCGCCUUUCCUCGCAACAAAAUGCAAUGCUUUGCGACCCGCGGGAUCAGCUGUGUUUCAGAUCAGCGCCAUGGGUUCCUGAUCCUAGCUCCGUCGUCAUCGCUGCGCAACCUGAAGCGGGAAGCUGGCCUAUCCGCAGGAGGUGUCAUCGCGCUAUCGCGCGAUGCCCGGGGGGGGGAGGGUGGUCAGCAAAAAUCUCACGGCAUAGCAUCUCAUCUUUCAUGA